CUCAGGCCCCAGGGAGAGCACCAAGGCUAUUUUCUGUCCAUUGCUGCGGAGCCAGGAAUGGGUCUUGUCCCCCUGACAUGUGUCUAUACACGUGUCUCUGUACACGCGGAUUUCUACGUGAGCAUGAAACCAUCCUACCCGGAAGUAUUUGUUCCCCUCCACGCCCGUCAGGCUUUGCGGCCAGACAUGGAGGAGUCACGCUACACGACCCUGUCAGGGCUGGCACCCACACCUGAAGAAACCGGCCGGGCCACGGUGACCCUGGCGCAGCUCUUGCAGCUGGUCCAGCAGGGCCGCGAGCUCCCGGGCGUGGAGAAGCGUCACAUCGCAGUGACCCAUGGCGAGCCCACGGAGUCCCAGCUCCCGCGGAGACCCAAGCCCUGGGAGGCCGCGGGCUCGGUCGAGCGUCCCGCGCCGCAGCCCUAGAUCUGCGACCACAAGCUUGCCAGAACCUAAGGGAUCCCGGCUUGGCGGAAGCACCUACUGCACUUUCUGAGUGGCACAUAGUGGGUUCCUGAGGUUCGAGGCCCUUUACAGCUGUGCGAUCUGGAGGCCGUGACUGUUUCCUGCAUGAACUUGGGAUCUUGGAUACUAGCCAGUUAUUUAUUCAUCGUCUGUACAUUCGCCCUGGCCUGAGUCAGCUGGACUAAAGCGUUUUGAUCGCAUCUGGGGUGGUUUGGUUUCUGUAUUUCUGGACCAUGCUCUUAAGUAAAAAAAAGUUUUUUUUAAAUCCGGUUAAUAAAAGUUAGGUUUGAUGAUAAAA